GCUCGAGCGAGGCAGAGGUGCGCGAACAGGCCGCCUGGGCACUCGGUAACGUCGCGGGAGACGGACCGGAAUCCAGAGACGCUGUAUUGCUCGGGGGCAUCUUGCAACCCCUUGUAAAGAUCAUCAAGACUGGGGAAGAAGAAGACUCGACUAAGGUGUCAACGGUGCGAGUGGUGGCAUGGGUGUUUGCAAACAUUUUUCGCAAUAAGAAACUUGCACUCAACCCGGACGAGCUGAAGGACUCCAUCGCCACUCUCAAGGUGUUGGUCAACUACCCUGACGAGGAGGUCAAUGUGGACGCCUUGUGGGCCCUCUCGUACCUGUCGGAGCAGGGCGACGAGGAGAUCGAGGGAGUGCUCGGCGAGGACCUCCUUCCCGUCAUCGUGCGGCACCUGGAGUCGGAGCGGAGUAAGAUGGUCGUUCCCGCGCUUCGUGCGUCUGGCAACAUCGUCAGCGGGAACGAUGCGCAGACGGAAGCUGCUUUGGCGGCCGGUGUUUUGCCUCUGUACAAGCUGUUGCUGAGGAACACACGCAGGAACAUACGCAAAGAGACGGCGUGGGCUCUCUCCAACGUCACGGCGGGGACCAAAGAGCAGAUCCAGCAGGUGGUGGACGAGGGUCUGCUUCCCGAACUCGUCAGGGUCAUUGAGGAGGGAUUCCUAGACGUGCAAAAGGAAUCGGCGUGGGCGCUCUCCAACCUCACAUCGGGGGGCACGCAGAGUCAGAUUGAGGCCCUGGUCGCUGCGGGCGGCGUGGAGGCCCUCGUGACGGUCUUGGGCGUCUUUGAAACCUCCGUCGUCACCGUGGCACUCGAGGGGCUUGAUAACAUCCUGGCGGAGUGUGGAGACAAGGAAGCAGUUGUUAAAAAGAUAGCAGAGGCGGGAGGAAGGGAGAAACUCGAGAUCCUGCAAAGGAACACGGACACGACUGUGAGCAGCAAAGCCCAAAGUCUACUUGAUAUGCAUUUUAAUACCGAGGAAGACGACGGUGACGAGAGCGAUAGCGAAAGGCAGGAAGAGGCUCAAGAAAACUAAGACCAAAGGAGGGUGUUACUCGUUGGUUCCUGUGGUGUCAUAGAACGGCUGUGGACUUCACCAUGAUGCAACUAUGAAUUCAUUGAAAACGAGCAAUGAGUGGAAUGCAGAAUCUUGAACAGCAGGAAGUGACUGCCCAGCUGAGAUUAAAGAAACGAAAAUACUUUCAGACUCAAUUUACUUUAAUGCUGAAAAUCGCUCCUCGUGUUUAUAUUAAAGCUUAAAAACAAAAAUUUUUCAAUACGAAAUGUGACAAUGUUCAUAUGAUAUUACCUUUGGCAGAGAAAAGGGGAACCCCCAAACGAAAGAUGACAUGGAACCUGAAAGAAAUUCCAAUAGAAACGUGCUGUGUACACAGGUUCAUAUAUGAAUAUAAAACUAUUUGAAGACAAAAGUAAGUAGAUGUCAUAUAAACAUGGAAUGAAAAAAACCUUUGCUUCAUUCACAUAUAUGUAGAACUGUAUUUGAUUGAUUGAUUUCGGUAUUUGUUUUGAGUUGGAUAGACAUCACCAUUGGGCUAUAUUUUGUUUUUGAAGUCUGUGCUUCAGUCAUUCUUCUAGAAUAUCUGUGAAAAAGCUGCAUGCAAAGAUAGCCCAUACGCUUUUACAUACAGAUAUCAUACACAGUGAUGGCAGUAAACCUAUAAGGAAACAUCAGAAGCUCAAACAAAACAAACAUACAGCCAUGUUGCAUUCAUGAUGUACUUCUUAAGAAUAACCGAGAGUGCCUUUUCAAUGCCUGAUUUAAAAAGUUCGGGAUUAACUCAAUCAGGACAAUAUGUAUUGCUCCUCUUAAAGAUGAUCUAAUUUUGUACUCAGUGUGGACUUGUACCUAAUUCAUAAGAUGCUCCAAAAACAUUUCAAAAGAAAAUACGAAUACCGUCUCUGUGUGUAUUUUUUACCCCUAACACAGUGAACAAAAACAUGUAUAAGAAAGAGCUAAAAAUAGAAGAGAGAAAAAACGGACAAAGAAAGACUGAGGGAAGGGAAAAGAGAAGAAAUGUGUGACGAAACGACAAAGAUUCCUUCUUUCUGACGUCUAUAAACUCACAGACGACGAAGGCGGCGAGCACGGGCGGCGCCACCCAGGUCGGGAACGCCCGAUGGAGAUUCAGUAGAGUUAAUAAGUCAUCUCGUUCUCCGCAGCAUUGUCUCAAUGGCAGCGGAGGACAGUUGGUCGAGGACAUUGUUCGACGUCUCAACCAAUCAGAGCUGAGGAAAUUCCCUAUCGACCAAUCACAGCUGAGAAUAGUGUCUCUCUACCAGUCCCAGCCAAUCGUCUGCCUCUUCAGCCCAUCCAUAGCCCUGUCUUCUAGUAACGCUCUUCUGUCCUCGAAGGAAGCCUGGCAGGACAAGUAGGGACU